AUGGUAUACAUAGAGGAGAGGUUGGGGAAUAAAUCAGAUAGAUCUGCUGAAUCAGUUGUGAAUUCCAGCACAAUUGCGACCAUUGUGACUUCGCUGUCUGGGCCACCUGCUGCAGUGGGCAUAUUCCGUUUAGGGAAACCAAUGGCUCCGGCACCGACGGUACGCUUUCUCCUCCGUCACUCUCGACCGUUAUCUUCACGGGCCACCGUGUCGUCGAUCUUCCCUAAACUUUCAAUCCCAGUCCACAGUACUCUCUCCGUCCGUUUCUCUUCCUUUCCCAAACCCACCAGCCCCACAACCCAGGUCACCCAUAAAGAAGAAAACGAAAUGGUAUACAUAGAGGAGAGGUUGGGGAAUAAAUCAGAUAGAUCUGCUGAAUCAGUUGUGAAUUCCAGCACAAUUGCGGCCAUUGUGACUUCACUGUCCGGCCCACCUGCUGCAGUGGGCAUAGUCCGUUUAUCAGGCCCGUCUGCAGUAUCUAUUCUCGGGCGUGUGUUUCGAUCGGCUUCUAAAGAGAAGAGAAGGCAUGACUGGAGGCCGACCAGCCAUGUUGUGGACUCUUCUCUCUCUUGGAUCAAUAGGCAGGAAACCAAUGGCUCAGACUGUGAUGCAGUUGCCAUUAUUCAUGACAAUAAAGGGUAUGCUAAAUUGCCAGAGGAUGGAGUUGCAGAUGUCCUCAAAGCUGGUAUGGAUGUGAACUGUGGUUCCUACUUGAUGAAAUACACAAAAUCGGCUGUUCAAAAGAAGAAAGUGCUAGAAUCAGACAUAGACAAAGCACUUAACAACCUUUUUUCGAUGAGAAUAAGAUUAGGACUUUUCAAUGGAGGUCCAAAGAAACAGGAAUUUGGAAAAAGUCCAGAUCAUGUCUGCAGCCAAAAGCAUCAGGACCUAGCACUCGAAGCUGCCAAAAACGGUGUUGUCCUUCUGAAGAACUCGGCCAAUCUCGUACCAUUUUCCAAGAUUAAUGCCACAUCUCUCACAGAAGUUCCUGAAAAUAAGCGCAGGUUAUCUGUGUAUAAAGGAAUAGUCAUAUCAAAGCAAAAUGCUGGCAUCCACACAACAAUACGGAUUCGACGGAUUAUUGCAGGUGUUGGAGUUGAGAUUGUGUUCCCUGUGUAA